CUUAAGUUCCUUAUCGAUUCAUCCUUAAGUCUUUGGUUUGUGCGCGCAACGUAUGCGCAGGAGUUUGUUAGGUUAAACGUAAACGCGAGAUAGCUUCAUAAAACAUGUCCGAAGUUGAAUUGGGUAAAGAAGAACUCAAAGAGAUUGACAUAUGUGACAGUAUCUGCUCAGAGGAGGAGAGUGGAGUUUUCCUUAACUCAGGUGCGUCGCAUCUUGACGGCUUCUCACCUUUUCACAGAUGGGUUUCAAAGGGACGAUCUUACUCCGAUGGAACUUAUGAGUGUUUCAACACAGCUUCAUCGUUAUCAAGCUCACCAUCCAAGUGCGCAAAAGGGCCUCAUGGAUCACCAGAUGGAGAGAUCCGUAAGGAGAAUGGAGGCGGACUGCGUGGAGCUUGUUUAUAUCACGUGUAUUCAGAUGAAGAUGAACAGAGGACCUCCCGGGCAUCAUCUAUUAUGGGCUGUCUGUUAGUAGAGCUUUAUGACACUUACAGCAGUAACAGCUUUAGAGGGGUUGACAGCUCCACCGAAGCCUCCAGUUCAGAUGCUUUCCUCGGGAGGAGCAACACGGGCGCCAACUUUCUGCAGGAACUUCAGGAGAAACACACGAGACGCCAUCAGAUGAAAUAUCUGUCUCAGAAAGGUCCAGAGGAACUAAAGUGGAUCAUCCAGGAGGUGAAAUACCGUAUUGUGGUCCAGUCUGCCAAACUGGUGCGUCAGCUGAAGAGAAAGGACAGACUGCGUCAGAAAUUUCAGAAGAAUUGUGAUAUAGUCACUGCCUGUCUUCAAGCAGUCUCUGAGAAAAGACGCGUUGACACCAGGUUGAAGUUCACUAUCGAACCAUCUCUUGGCAAAAACGGAUUUCAACAAUGGUAUGAUGCUCUGAAAGCCGUGGCCAGGCUCCCAGCUGGCAUUCCCAAAGAAUGGAGAAAAAGGGUAUGGCUGACAUUGGCUGAUCAGUACCUCCACAGCAUCUCUAUUGACUGGGAGAAGACAAUGAGGUUUGCCUUCAACGAUCGUAGCAAUCCAGAUGAUGACUUGCUCGGAAUUCAAAUAGUCAAGGACUUGCACCGGACAGGCUGCAGUUCCUACUGUGGCCAGGAGGCGGAACAGGACCGGGUGGUGUUAAAGCGGGUACUGCUGGCAUAUGCUCGCUGGAACAAGACUGUCGGCUAUUGCCAGGGCUUUAAUGUUUUGGCUGCCCUCAUCCUGAAGGUCACAGAGGGAAAUGAAGGAGAUGCAUUAAAGGUGAUGAUAUAUUUGAUCGAUAAGGUGCUUCCCGAUAGCUACUUUGCCAAUAACCUGCGUGCCCUCUCGGUGGACAUGGCAGUGUUCAGAGAUCUGCUACGACUGAAGCUUCCAGAACUUUCUCAGCAUCUUCAUCAUCUACAGAAAGUUGCCAAUCGGGAAGGAGGAGGCAGCUAUGAACCGCCGCUCACUAACGUCUUCACCAUGCAGUGGUUUCUCACCAUGUUCGCCACCUGUCUGCCCCAUCGCACCGUACUGAAGAUCUGGGACUCUGUCUUUUUUGAAGGCUCUGAAAUGCUGCUGCGUGUCGCUCUGGCCAUCUGGGCCAAACUCGGAGAGAGAAUUGAGGAGUGUCAGACUGCCGAUGAGUUUUACAGUAUAAUGGGAUGUCUUACACAGGAGAUGCUGGAACACAACCUGAUCGAUUCCAAUGAACUCAUGCAGACGGUCUACUCCAUGGCUCCCUUCCCAUUCCCCCAGCUUGCUGAGCUCAGGGAGAAAUACACGUACAACAUCACGCCAUUCCCUGCCCCGGUCAGAGCUAACAGCAGUCAGGCACUCCAUGGAUGGGAGAGUGACGAUGACGUUGACAUGGAUGAUGAAGACCCCAUCAUUACCGCUCUGGGCUGUCUGGGACCUCUUGGUGGACUUCUGGCUCCUGAGAUCCAGAGAUAUCAAAAGCAUCUUAAAGAUCAGAAAGCAUCGCAGAGCUCUCACGGCAGUAACAUAGCCGAGCUCAGUCCCGGGGCGGUGGGCGGAGGACGGGCGGAGCAUCAGGCGGCCAUCAACAGCAUGAUGCUGGAGCGCAUGAGCACUGACAUCAGCGCGCUAAAGAAACAAUACUCACGCAUUAAACAAAAACAACAGCAGCAAGCCGGUCUCCUCUACAUUCAUUCAGGACCUCCAGUGGAAGCUGAAACUAUUGAACCUCAUCAAACCAGUAAAACACAGAACCAACACACUGAUAAAUGUCCAGCCACCAGCAUCCUUGCCUCCCAGCUUGGUCCCUCCCCUGUGGUCAACCAUCUUCUGCUGGGAAGGAAGCCCAGGCCUGGUCAGCAGUCCUCAAAAAAUUGUGUCAUUCAUAACGCAGGAAUGUGCCCCCAAGGCCACUCGACCCCCAGCCAGGACCACACGUGCCAGGCCAGGCUCCAUUCGCCCUGGCGCAGCCACGUGCGCACCCACCGGAGGAACAUCGCCAGGGCACGGGCCCAGCUCGGCUUUGACGAUUCUCUAGAAGUAGAGGAUGACGAAACCUUCGUGAGCAAAACCGAAGAAGCGUCUGAAGAAAAAAGUGAGGAACAAGGGGUUGAAAAACAGACGGAAAAGCUGGAGAUGUCUGAAGAGACAACAGUGGUGGCUGAAGGCACAGAUGCCACUCCGCAAGACCACAGCUGUGGAGAAGAAGAGGAGGUCCAACAGAUAGAGAACCAGCUGUCUUCUCUCGAGCUGGAACCUUCAUCAGAACAAACAACUCCAAACUCCACCGACCCAGAUCCUCCUACAUCAACUCCACCUCUGGAUCCCCAGCCAGAUGUGGAGCCCAACUCCACUUCUCCAUCUUCAGUCGCCUCCACGUGUCGUCCAUCAUUAGACUCUUCUAGCUCAGAAAGUAGCAGCUCCGUUAGAAGAAGCCCAUCAAACUUAGCGGAGGAACCCACGAAACCACAGAUCUUCUCUCCAUUCCCCAGCAUCAAAACGCCUCGCAAGUCUGCCGCUGCAAGAAACUUGGGCCUUUAUGGGCCGACUGCCAGAACUCCAAACGUGCACUUUCCUCAGAUGAGUAGAAGUCUGAAUCAGAUAGGAAGCACCACCAAACGACGAUGAUGAGUUGUCACCUACAGGCGAGAACUUAUGUGAAGAUAAAGCCACUGAAGUUUUCAUAUCAAAACUCCUGAACUAUCAAGAAAGCACACAUACUACAGACUUUAGUAUGCUUCCAGAUAAUACAAGAAAGAUGCCGUAAUGAGUUUAUCUUCAUGGUUUAUCCACAUUCCCUGUCAUUAGGUUACCAUUAUCAGAGUCCAGUUUCCCACUGUAGGAAUUAAUGAAGGCUGUUUCUUGUUUAUUUAUUUUUUAACGAGAUCCUCCCAAAAAUACUAAAAUAAAGCCCUGAAGUUUAAUGAGCUCAAAUAAUACUAUUUGCUGCAUGUUAAGGCCAACAGUAUUUGCCAUGAUGCAAUGUUUACUUGUAUGUGCUGUAUUUAGAAAACUCAAAUGAUCUUACUAUAAUGAUGUAAAAUGUGAUAUUUAUUGACCGCGGGACCCAGAUACUACGCCUUUAUUCCAUAAAGUCUAAGCCAUGAAGUUCUUGUAUGUAAAGCAGUUUUGUUGUUCAUGCCUACUUGAUUUAGUUCUUUUGUGCCCUGUACCAGAAAUCUGUUCGGUUUAUCAUAAUCUGUGACUUUUAAAUUAAAGUCAACAUAUGUAUGUACUUUCUGAUCACUUUUUGUAUGUCAUUUUCCCUUCAGUAAAUGAUGUUUCAGGUGACAUCUGACAAACACGUUAUUGUCAAUGAGAGUUGUUUUGAAUGCUGAUUAUUCUUUGGUGCUUGGCACUUGGAUUCACAUAGCCCCACCAUGAAUAAAAGACAUGCAAGUCAUGAAA